UUACUCCACAUCAGGUUUGAAUAUUGCUUAUUGCGUUUGAGACUUCAACAGCAUAAGGUCGUAGCUGGUAUUUCAGUGCGUGAAUUCAAGAUGGGUUUCGGACAAUCGUCUUUAUUUCUGAAAAUCGGAUUUAUUCUGAUUAUAGUGGCUCUCGUAAUCCAGAUUUUGGGAGUUGCUUUACCAUACUGGUAUCAGAAAGAGUACUCGAGCAGUGUUAGUGCCAAUGGUGGACUGUUUAGAUUUUGUACGGAAAUUUCAAAUACGAAAUCGUGCUCCAAUAUCGAAAAUGCAUCAGACUGGUGGCAAGCUGUUCAAGCGUUCGAGAUUAUUGGGCUUCUCAUUCUGGUGGCUUCUCUCGUACUGUGUAUUAUUGUACUGUUUAUCAAGAAUGACAUGAAGGUUUUGAAACUUAUAAACUGGAUUCUGUGCUUUUGUGCAUGUGGCUUCAUCAUCAUCGGUAUCAUCAUCUACGGAGCUGAAGCAUCUGGGGUUCUCGAGGAAUACUCUGGGGCGUUUGCUAUCACCAUCAUUGCUGGGAUUGUGGCCCUCGUUGCCGGUGUUGUGUGUCUCCUCGACUGGAUGGGAAAGGGGACUCCUGCAUAAAGACAGACAGACAUUGUAGAAAACAUUUACAAAUAUGACGGACAACUAUAAGAAUUCAAUUGACCUGAGAGAAAAUUAAUUAAAUUAGAAUUAUUUAAGUAUCUUAUGAUAUGACAUUUGAAAACAGCUCAUCAAAAGUUUAAAAUUUAUAGAAACAUUGAACUUACUUUCGGAUGAUACUAGUGAAUUGUACUGGUGGUUUAUACCGUGAAAAAAACCCACACAAACUUUGUCUCAAACUGAAAGUAAUGCUUAGAAUUAUAUAAAUACUCAAACAGUAACUGUGAUCGUAUGACAUGGUAUAAGUGCUUACUUUUUUGAUAUAAAGAGAACGGUAUUUUAUAAAGCUGUGAGAACUUGUUACCCAACCCUUUAGCAUUAACUGUAACUUGUGUUGCGUAAUUGAGGUGUAUUUAUGGUGUAAAUUAGGAAUGCAAUUAACAUAAAAAAUAUUGUUAGAACAUUGGUAUAUGAAUAAAUAGAUUAUGAAAGUGGAA